AUGUCGCACUUCAUUAUCCCCGACCUGUCCCCCGAUCACCCCCUCUCACUUCAGACAAGCCCUCCAUCGAGCCCCAUCUGCGAGCAUCCCCUCGCCCAACAGGAUAUCUGGGAAGCGUUCUCGCUCUACCCUCCAUCCGACGACCUUGAUGGGAGCGAUGACGACGAGGAUGAAGAGGAUGAAGAUGAAGAUGAGGAAUACAUGUUUGUGGGAGACGUCUGGCGUCUGGCAAUGGUUGCGGCAAUGGUCGCGAGCUUGGACGAGGAUGAGACCGUCGAGGCACUGAGAUGUUUAAGCAGUGCGAUGGACGACAUGGCCCAAGCAUUCAAGCAGGAGCGCCAUGCCCGAGCUGCAGCCAAGCUGGAGGCCGCCAACGCCGCUCGCAAGGCGCAGGAGCAGGAGCAGAAGGCGGCGCUCAAAGAGGCCGUGACCUUCCUGGAGGGUCUCGUGGACAGGGGGGUGCUUACGGCGGACCAGUCCGGCGCUAUUAUCUGCGCUGCUACCGAGGCCGGGGGUCCCUGGUUGUCCCUCCAGGCGGCCGCUAGGUGGGGUGGUGCCUCGGGUGACUCCAUCGUCCGGGCCCUGGCCAGGAAGUAUGCUCCCGAGCUCCCCAGUCCCGAGCCCGAGCCCGGUUCUGGCGGUUCUGGCUUUCAGGCUCACUCCACGCCGUACGGCGGUGGCUCCUACGGUCACACGGGCGGGGGCAAUGGACGCACCCGUCUUGGAUUUUGUUGA